AUGUCUGGACGCGGAAAGGGAGGAAAGGCAAAGUCGAAGGCAAAGACCCGUUCGUCUCGUGCGGGACUUCAGUUCCCCGUCGGUCGUAUUCACCGUCUCCUCCGCAAGGGAAACUAUGCCGAGCGUGUCGGUGCUGGAGCCCCCGUGUACCUCGCCGCUGUGCUUGAGUACUUGGCUGCUGAAGUUCUCGAGUUGGCAGGAAACGCUGCUCGUGACAACAAGAAGACCAGAAUCAUCCCCCGUCAUCUCCAAUUGGCCAUCCGGAACGACGAAGAGUUGAACAAGCUCCUGUCCGGAGUGACUAUCGCCCAGGGUGGUGUGUUGCCCAACAUCCAGGCUGUCCUUCUCCCUAAGAAGACCGACAAGGCUGCUGCCUAA